CGUCUUCGUCCUUUUCUGCACGUGGGAUAGCGAGGCACAUUUAGCCACCGUUGGUCUUCGAAGUUUGCACAAUUUCGUGCUCCUUUCAAGUUUUGAACUCUAGAUCGCUGAAUAGUAUACUUCAGAAUGUAUCGUCUAUCAAGUGUGAUCCGUCCGGCCAGACAGCUGUUCACUCCAAAAAUCUUGGCCCCUCGGCUUGCUGUUGGGUUCAGCACCUCACAGCAACAACAGUCCGCCAAGGAGCUCAAGUUUGGGGCUGAUGCAAGAUCCAAUAUGCUUAAAGGAGUUGACACCUUAGCUGAUGCAGUUGCAGUCACUUUGGGUCCAAAGGGAAAAAAUGUUAUAAUUGAACAAAGCUUUGGAGGCCCAAAGAUCACUAAGGAUGGUGUAACAGUUGCCAAAGCCAUUGAACUGAAAGACAGGUAUCAGAACAUUGGUGCUCGUCUUGUGCAAGAUGUUGCCAACAACACUAAUGAAGAGGCUGGAGAUGGAACAACAACUGCAACUGUCCUGGCCAGGUCCAUUGCCAAAGAAGGCUUUGAGAUUGUUUCCAAGGGAGCAAAUCCUCAGGAGGUUAGGAAAGGUGUUAUGCUGUCAGUUGAAGCUAUUGUUGAAAACCUAAAGAAAAUGUCCAAACCAGUUACUACUCCAGAAGAAAUUGCUCAGGUUGCAACAAUUUCUGCUAAUGGCGACAAAGGCAUCGGAGAACUGAUCUCCUCAGCUAUGAAAAAAGUUGGCAAGAAUGGAGUGAUCACUGUGAAGGAUGGCAAGACCCUGUAUGAUGAGUUGGAAUUGAUUGAAGGAAUGAAGUUUGACCGUGGAUUCAUUUCUCCCUAUUUUAUCAACACUACAAAAGGACAAAAGGUUGAGUUCCAGGAUUGUUUGGUUCUCCUGUGCCAGAAGAAGAUCUCUUCCAUUCAACAGAUUGUUCCUGCGCUUGAGCUGGCUAAUGCACACAGGAAACCUCUUGUUAUUGUAGCAGAGGAUGUUGAUGGUGAAGCUCUGACUACACUUGUCCUCAACAGGCUCAAAGUUGGUCUCCAAGUGGCUGCAGUGAAGGCACCAGGUUUUGGUGACAAUCGCAAGAACACGCUGCAAGACAUGGCCACUGCCAUGGGUGGUAUGGUAUUUGGAGAUGAUGCUCUGGAAACAAAACUUGAAGAUGUCCAAAUUCAAGAUCUUGGUGAGGUUGGAGAAGUGUCAAUCACUAAGGAUGACACGCUGUUCUUAAAAGGAAAGGGUAGCACAGAGGAAAUUGAGAAGAGGUGUGCUCAACUCAGAGAGGAGCUUGAAAAUACAACUUCAGAAUAUGAGAAAGAGAAAAUAAAUGAACGUCUGGCCAAGCUCUCUGAUGGUGUUGCUAUCUUGAAGAUUGGUGGUUCCAGUGAAGUAGAAGUGAAUGAAAAGAAGGACCGGGUAACAGAUGCUUUGAAUGCCACCAGAGCAGCUGUGGAAGAAGGUCUUGUGCCUGGGGGUGGUGUUGCCUUGUUGAGAUGUAUCCCCAGCCUUGAUGACAUCAAGACAGAAGGUGAAGACCAAGCCAAGGGAGUAGACCUUGUCAGACGGGCUCUGCGUAAGCCAUGUCAGACUAUUGCAGAGAAUGCUGGUGUAGAGGCAGCACUUGUGGUGGAAAAGGUGGCCUCUAUGGAAGGUAACCAAGGUUACGAUGCCCUUAACAACACCUACGUAGACAUGAUCCAAACAGGAAUCAUCGACCCCACAAAAGUUGUCAGAACAGCUGUGACAGAUGCUGCAGGUGUUGCAUCCCUCUUAACCACAGCAGAAACAGUCAUUGUUGAUCAGCCCAAGGAUGACAAGGCAGACAUGGCUGGCAUGGGUGGAAUGGGAGGAAUGGGCGGAAUGGGUGGAAUGGGAGGAAUGGGUGGAAUGGGUGGAUUUUAAAUGAAUGGAUGAGAUAUUAUUCAAUGUGCUUUGGUUCCCUAAUUUCACAACUUGCAUAUCUGGAAACAUUUAUGUUUAACAGUAGCUCAUAAUGCUCUGGAUGUUCAAGACUGUGUGAUCUUUGAACUGUGGUCUCCCUAUACUGUUUAUGGAUCAAGUGCAUUUUCUGGAAAAUCAGACAGAAUGCUGGCUUGCAAAGACAGCUGAUUUGAUGAUCAUAGCUAAAACACCAGCUAAAACAGAAAAAAAAAAUUGGCUGGUUCAAAUUUUGCAGGCUAGCAUAGCAUGCACAUUGUAAAAAUUACAAUAAGACUGAAUUAAAGUUGGGUUUAUGCAUAGGUCUCUGUGCAGAGAAUUCAGUUUUAGCUGUGUAGAUCCAUGCAAUAGCUUGGGUAAAUUAGUUCAUGCAUUAUGAAUUCUUUUCACUUGCAUUGCUAAGUAGAUUGCAUUUCUGGUGCUCCAUCUCAAUAAAAUCGUUUUUUGUCGUA